UUGUCUGCAUUAUCAUCUGCUUCAAUCAUCAAAGAAAUCCGACUUGGAAGAUACAUGGAGGCCAAGGUUGGAUCAGUUGCCAAAUGCGAUCCUGUCUUCCAAUGGCAACACGAACAAGAAUACGAUGAUCUCAUGGUCCAUGUACCAGAAUUCAAGACGGAGCAUCUGAGAGUACUAGUCAACAGUUGUGGAAUUCUGAAAAUUUCCGGGGACCGACCGGCGGAAAGUUCGUUCUACAAGGAAGUUAUAGUUCCUCCAAACUGUAACCCUGAUGAGAUCCAAGCAAAAUAUGUGGAUGGUAUUCUCCACAUUAUAAUGCCCAAGAAGAUUAGUGAUCCCCCACAGGACAAUAAACCCAAACCUCACUCUUCAAAUCCAUCGAUUGCCGUCAAUGUUGCAGCUCUAGUGGCUGUGAUUUCCGUCAUCACCGCCUGCUCUUAUUACAUGUACAACUCAAUAAUGGGUAGUAGUAGCUAACUGAUUUUAAUGUUGUAUAUCAUUAAAAAAAACACCAGACAAUGCACAAACUGAAGUUCUGUAAAUUCCAUUUCUUGAAAGUAAUGAAAUGGGUAAUGUGCCCAAAUGCAUUCAGGCACAAGCCA